UCGCUAGUUUCAGUAUCAAUCAUCCUCUCUGAAAGUAAACAGACAUAUUGAGUUUGUUUUUUGCUUUAAGAUGAAGUACUUUGUGAUAUUCGCUGUGGUCGCUACCCUUGCCAGGGCUAGCCCUUACACUUUCGGUAGCCAAUAUGGUGUGUAUGAAGGUAUCAACACUCCACAACACGUAGCAGAUUUGUUGACUCAUCAAGCUCACGGCUCCCAAAUCUCUGACACCGAAGCUGCGAUCCAGGAACUCCACUCUCAUCUCCAACAACACCAAAUCCACCACCCAUACGAUCCACUAGGCCAGAUAGCCCACCAUGAACAGACAGUCUCUGGUGUGGACGCCAUCCACCACUUAGCUGACGACAUCGAGCACAAAAACUUCAACUUUGACAAGGUAGCUAGCCCUGUAGCUGGACAAUUCUCGCACGAUUCUAGCUUCCAGCAGUUUCACGAUGUUGUACAAGGUUCCGUAGCUGCUUUUGCCGGGGUUAAGGAAGUCCAACAAGAAGGAGCUGCUCACGGUGUUCACAUUCCUGCCGUUUCCGGGUUCGAUUCUGACGAGUUUAAAAUCAAACUGCAAAAGUUCGUUGACGAAUUCAACCAGGAAGACGUUGAACACGAAAUCACCCACCACCACCACUGGAUCAACCACCUCCACCACCUGUACCAAUACGUUCACCAACAAGUCCAACAAUUAGACGCCCAAAUCACCCUUGUUCACCACCAAGGAGUACCUAGCCAAAGCAUCUCCCACCUUCACCACGUCUACCAGUACUUGAAAACAUUGGAACACCACCUCAUUCAACAGGAAUUGGCUCACCAAUUGGCUAUCUUGCAAUUGCAAAAAGUAGUGGUGUACCACACUGCCAAAAUUCAGCAAGAUGUCGUCGCUGAGAAUGUUAGCAAUAAUGUCCAUCAUGGAACCCAUGAAGAAGUGCAUCAUUAUCCCUCUGCUGGUACUUUAGGAGCACGUUGGACUGUUUAAAGUUGACGAUUUUGGCUUGAGAAUUGCGUUGACGAUGAUUUUUUGUAUAAUCGUAUUUAAUAAAUGAUAUAAUUUGAAGUAA